CAAAUACACACUCAAUCAGACCGAUCAGUUAAAGUCAGAGAGAAGAGAAUCUUGAACAAGGAGCAAUUGUUCUGAGAGCAACUAAAUUCUCUCUGUACAACAUAUAGGGAGAGUAAGGAUGAUGUGUCCUGCUUGGUUCUUGGCUCUGGCUGUACUUUGUGCAGGUGUAUCUGAUGUUAGAGGACAGUGUUGGGAGAACACUCGCUGUAGAGACCUCAGCACUGAGGAGAACAUCUUGGACUGCAUCCAGCUAUGCAAGUCUGAUCUGACAGAUGAAACCCCUGUCUACCCUGGAGAAAACCAUCUGCAGCCUCCCUUCGAGCCAGAGCAAAAUGAGGUCCUCGCACCUCUAUCCACCAUUGCCUUCGUUCCCACUGCUGAGCAAAUGGCUCCAGAAUCCAGCACUCGGCAAGAGCACAAACGCUCUUACUCCAUGGAGCAUUUCCGUUGGGGCAAGCCAGUGGGCCGCAAGCGCCGACCCAUCAAAGUCUAUACCAAUGGUGUAGAGGAGGAAUCUGCUGAGACCCUGCCAGCUGAGAUGAGGCGUGAGCUGUCGACCAAUGACAUUGACUACCCUCUUGAGGAGAACACCUUGAGCCAGCAGGAGAAGAAGGAUGGCUCUUACAAAAUGAACCAUUUCCGCUGGGGUGGACCACCUGCCAGCAAGCGCUAUGGAGGUUUCAUGAAGUCCUGGGAUGAGCGCAGUCAGAAACCCCUUUUCACGCUCUUCAAAAAUGUUAUUAACAAAGACCAUCAGAAGAAGGACCAGUGAGGUGUACAAGAGAGGUUUUGGGUGUAGAGAAUUGUUUUUAAUGUACCCCUGAUAAAUUUAUUUCCAGCAAACAUCUAGAUGAGAAGAUAUCUUAUAAUGCACAGUAAACAAUAGAAAAGUGGGUGAGUUGUCUUGAAUAGCACAUAAUUCUUUGGGUCGUCAGCUUUUUUCACAUUGUAAUCAACAAUAAAUUCUGAAUACUGUAUAUAGAAAUGCUGUGGUGAUUAAAUACUGGCUAGAGGCUAAGUGGAUCUUAUUUACUGAAAUGUACCAUACUGUAAAUUUAGAAAAUGUGAUGCAUAAAGUAUUCUGUUUGAAGCAGAGCAGAACACACUGGACCAUUUCUGAGAAGCAAAUUCACAUUAAAACCAUUACCAUACAUAUUCUUAUUUCACAAUAUGUACAGUUGCCAAUAAAGCUAUA